GGAGUAGAAAAUUGAUAUUCCUAGUCACUUCAUGCAACAGAAACUGGGACAAGCUCUGUCCUGAUGGGCCACUUGCCUUGUAUCAAGGUUGACAAGAGCUGCUCCAGGCUGUUGGGCAAAAUCGCCAUCUACGAUGUCCUGGCUAAUUACCUGAUUCGUUAGAGAAGGAUGGACUCUAAAACUUCAUCACAGCCUUGGUGAAAAGUUUGAUCCUAAGUAUUCACCUUUUUCCAUGGAUGUUGAAACCGAAAUACAUGUGCCUUUUGCACCCCCAUCGUCGCAAAAUGGCUUCGCUUCUGCAAAACGACCAAGAACAGAUGAAGGCGAGGACGGAGAUCGCGUCGCUAAUUUGUCACGCGAUGGCUUUGAACCGAGGAACGAUAACGGUGUGUUCUUCGAUAAGAGACCUUACCAGCCCAUAGAUUAUUCGACCUCAGCUCUUCAAUUGUCCAGAAGAUUUUUGCCAAUAAAGGCAAGUGGUUUAGUUUACGAGUCCGAAGAUUGUCGCCCCAAAGGGGAAACUUUGUACACGCCAUUGAAAGACGAUGUGAUUGUGAACACGAGAAAUAUUGAGCAGUUUACUUUCACCAAUGGAUCUUUCUUUAUCGGAGAUGAGUCAUCGAGGUUUAAUCGGACAGUUCAAGGUGUCUCAUUAAACAUGUGGAGAUUUAAUGAUCAGACGAAGAAGUUAUACAUUUCAAGAUCUUUCGUAUUUACAAAUCUGCAGGAAGCACAAAACAUCAAAAGAGUUUUGGAAGCUAUGUAGAACCUAUUGAAAGUUAUUUUAUUCUUUUAAUGUUUUUUAUGCUUUUAGGAAUUCAUAAAAUGGUCAUUUUUUUGUACUAAUCAAUAAAUAAGCAGGUUAAUUGUAUUUUUAGAUGCCAUUUCUGAAUGUUUAAGCUAUCUAGACUUUAUCCUUGAAUUAAAAGUAGAUAACAUACCAGACAGACAGAUGGGAAAUAGAAUGAGGGAAGGAAAGUGGUGAAGGAAGGAAGGAGGAAAGGAAUGGUUGAGAAAGGGAGGGAUAGAGAGAUGAGAGAAAAGGGAAGAAGGAGGAAGGAAGAAUGUUAAGUGGAAGGGGGGGGGAGGUAGAGAGAGAGACAGUUGAAGGGACUGGGAGGGUCAAGAGAUGAUAAAUCUAUUACUCACUUCAUACAUGUAUGUUUCCUGCAGUUCAUCGAGUACAUGCACAUCACCUCUACAAAAUUAUUAAUGUUAUUAUUGAGAAAAUGAUAAGAUCCAUUUGAUAGGAUAUACAUGUAUAUAAAAAUUUGUUGGAAUUAGGGCCAAACACAGAACACAUGUGCUUACAAUUUGAUGCACUCUUUCAAAGCUUGUCUAUUUAAAAUAUGCUCUUCUUCCAUACUAUGAAUUUCUUGACAUAAUUGUUUAAUGAUGGCUGUCGUCACAUUGUAACAGCAGUGUAUCACAACAAUAUUACUUUGUCCUGGGACAGGGUACAGCCCCUGGGGGUACAGCCACAACCCUAGAAGUGCUAACUGAGAGAGCACAUAUUUCAGAAACGAGACUGAGAGAAGGGGUAGAUAUUUAAUGCUAUUUAAUGCCAGACUGGUCUUUCAUGAUUUCCGAGCAGCCACCAUCUUGGAUUUCUUGAUAAUUCUCUGCUAAUUUUUAACCUAACUUGUUAAAAAGGAACAGAAACCUUUAUUUGCACUUUAAUCAUGUAAUUACAUUUUUUUUUAGUUGUUGUUUGUUUGUUUGGUUGGUUGAUUUUUUUACAAUAACUCUUACUAUCUAUUUACCAGUUAUUUGUUUAGAUCAGUUCUUUAAGCUUAUUAGUAUUGUUUUAUUGUCCCGUGGUUUUAGGUCCCCUUUACAUUCUACACUUCGUGACUUCUUUAAGUAUUUUUACUGUUAGAGACAUAUUUAUGCUAAUUUUAUAUCUUUACACUCGCACUUGAAAAUGACCUCGGAGAGGUCGAAACGUCGUGAUUUUUUAUUGUUAGUUUUUAUUUCAAAAUAACUUUAUCACACUUACAAUAAUUACAAAUACACGUGGGUAAAAGUACAUUACCUACCAUGCAAUUGGUUAAAUUUUGCUACAUAUUUUCUUUUAACCUACCUUGUGUUACCUCAGCUGUAAAUAAAUCAUUUACUUUGUUGCA